AUGCCUCGUCUAAAUCCCCUAUUCCUCCUAUCCCUCACAGUCGCUCUGACAGCCUACAUGCUUUCACCGACCCUCCGCGCCUUUCUCACAUCAGUGACUACAACUCUCAUAACCUCAACUUCCUCUAAACAUACAGAUUCACCAAAGAUGAAGAAACCCCGAAUGCCAGUCUACUUCUUCUCCCACGGCGGCCCGGACGUCAUGUACAACAAAGCCCACCCAGUCUACCCAACCCUCCAACACAUCGGCGCCGAAAUAACCUCCCUCGCCCCCACCACAAUCCUAGUCUUCUCGGCCCACUGGCAAUCCCCCUCCCCGACCACAAUCUCAAUCAACGCCGCACCUGGCCCGGCACCCCUAAUCUACGACUUCUCCGGGUUCCCCCUCCACUACUACUCCGCAACCUACCCGAACACCGGCAGCCCCCAACUGGCCUCUCGCGUCUGCUCCCUCCUCUUCGCCUCCUACGGCAGCAACAUCUCCUGCGUGCCCACAACAGACCGCGGCCUGGACCACGGCGUAUGGGCAGGCUUCCACGUAGCCUUCAACCCUUCCACAAACCCCCUCAAGGUCCCACUAGUCCAAGCAUCGCUCUUCCGCUCAGAGGACCCGGAUGCUCACUACCGCCUCGGCGCCGCCCUCUCCGCCCUCCGCGACGAAGGCGUCGUCAUCAUCGGCGCGGGCAUGUCGGUCCAUAACCUUUACGAUAUGAGCAGCGAUCCGCGGCCAAUGCCGUACGCCGUCAGCUUCGAUGACGCGCUCAAGGAGGCCGUGGAGGUCUCCAACGUCGCCGAGAGACAGGACAAGAUGGCCCAGGUCUGCAGACGGCCCGAUGCCAAGCAGGCUCAUCCAUACAUGGAUCAUCUCAUGCCCAUUCACGUGGCCGCCGGGGCUGCGGGAGCUGACCGCGGGAAGCAGCUGUGGACCAUGAAGGAAGGCAGUUUCGCGUGGGCUCAGUAUCGUUUUGGGGAUGUCCCGAAAUCCGUGACAUGA